AUGGAUGGACGCGUCAUUUUCCCCACGUGCUCGUUCGUCACCGCGGUGAUUCCCGGGAUCUGGCUACAUCGAGCCUUGUUUCGUGGACACGAUCGGUCGUUUCGCACGCGCCCCGAAACAAGGCGGCGUGGAUCUGCCGAAAUAGAGCCUUGUUUUGGAUCUGCCUACAUCGAGCCUUGUUUUGGAUCUGCCUACAUCGAGCCUUGUUUUGGAUCUGCCUACAUCGAGCCUUGUUUUGGAUCUGCCUACAUAGAGCCUUGUUUUGGAUCUGCCUACAUCGAGCCUUGUUUUGGAUCUGCCUACAUCCAGCCUUGUUUUGGAUCUGCCUACAUCGAGCCUUGUUUCGUGGACACGAUCGGUCGUUUCGCACGCGCCCCGAAACGAGGCUGGAUGUCGCCAGAUCCCGAUUCAAGCGUGUUUUCAUCGCUCGACGACGCGCGUUCGGUGUGA